CCUUCUGAAUAAAGGUUCAAAUUAAUAUUCACAUUUACAAACACCAACAAGGAGUAAAUAAUCCAGGUGAUAUUUUAAAUAAGAUGAAUGUUUCUUGGAAGUGAGUCAUGACAAGAGAAUGAGAGUCACAUGAGGCGAGAAGAAGAGGAGAAAGCCAAUGGUUCUGGAGAUGGGGGGUGCAGCAGCGUGCAGCUCAUUCAAACACAGCAUCUGCUCCAACAUUGGACUUAGUUGUGCAGACAUUAUAAUUGUGAUAAAUUUAAAUAAAUCUAAUAAAUGUCGUUAUUAUUUUCUUAACCUUUCGUCUAAAGCGGAAGUGCUCGUGUGGUCUUCAUAUUUCUCAUCCGGGUCGACUUCCGGUCACAGGAGAUCGAAGAUGGCGACUCACAUGUCGAGGUGUAGAUCCUGGAGUCGUGUCCAGAGGUUUGGGAUCGCCGCCUACAGAGAGUACAGCAGUGUCGGCAGAUACUCGAAUAUCUCCCUGUCCUCGCCGCUGCCUGGGAUCCCUAAGCCGGUGUUUGCAUCCGUCGAUGGUCACGAGAAAUACGAGACCAAGAUCACUACUCUAGAAAAUGGCCUCAAAGUCGCUUCACAAAACAAGUUUGGUCAAUUUUGCACAGUUGGAAUUUUAGUAAACUCGGGAUCCAGAUAUGAAGCAAAAUACCCGAGUGGAAUAGCUCAUUUUGUAGAGAAACUUGCCUUUUCUUCUACAGCUCAGUAUGGAAGCAAAGAUGAAAUCCUGCUGACGCUGGAAAAGCACGGAGGAAUAUGUGACUGUCAAUCAUCAAGAGAUACAACCAUGUAUGCAGUGUCUGCUGAAGUGAAGGGUCUGGAUACAGUGGUUAGUCUCCUCUCUGAUGCUGUACUACAGCCUCGCCUACUGGAUGAUGAGAUUGAGAUGACCAAGAUGGUGGUGCGCUUUGAGUUAGAAGACCUGAACAUGAGGCCGGACCCUGAACCUUUACUCACCGAGAUGAUCCACGCUGCUGCAUAUCGAGGCAACACGGUCGGACUGCCGCGCUUCUGUCCUGCAGAUAACGUGGACAAGAUCGACAGGAAUAUGCUUCACAGUUACCUGAGUAACUACUACUGCCCUGAGCGCAUGGUGUUGGCCGGGGUGGGCAUCGAGCACGAGCAGCUGGUGGAAUGUGCUAGGAAGUACCUGCUGGAUGUGAGGCCGGUGUGGGGAGCGAGCGGCGUGUCCAAUGUGGACCUGUCCGUGGCCCAGUACACGGGGGGCAUCGUCAAGAUGGAGAAGGACAUGUCGGACGUGAGCCUCGGCCCCACCCCGAUCCCAGAGCUCACCCACAUCAUGAUCGGCCUGGAGAGCUGCUCCUUCCUGGAGGAGGACUUCAUCCCGUUCGCAGUGCUCAACAUGAUGAUGGGUGGAGGAGGCUCCUUCUCUGCAGGAGGACCCGGUAAAGGCAUGUUCACCCGCCUCUACCUGAACGUGCUCAACAGGCAUCAUUGGAUGUACAACGCCACCUCCUACCAUCACAGCUAUGACGACAGCGGUCUGCUGUGUAUCCAUGCCAGUUCAGACCCCAGACAGGUUCGGGAAAUGGUGGAAAUAAUAACCAGAGAGUUCAUUCAAAUGGCUGGAACCGCAGGAGAGAUGGAGCUAGAGAGAGCCAAGACUCAGCUCAAGUCCAUGUUGAUGAUGAACCUGGAGUCGCGACCGGUUAUUUUUGAGGACGUCGGUCGCCAGGUUCUGUCCACGGGAAAGAGGAAACUGCCACAUGAGCUGUGCGACCUAAUAAGCAACGUGACAGCCAGCGACAUCAAGAGAGUGACCACCAAGAUGCUGCGUAGUAAACCCUCAGUGGCGGCUCUGGGAGACCUGACGGAGCUGCCCUCGUACGAGCACAUCCAGGCCGCCCUGUCCAGCAAAGACGGACGUCUGCCCCGCAUGUAUCGCCUCUUCCGAUAGACUCACCUCCCUCCCAACACCACCACCACUAUGUGAACUGGCAAACAUCCCUGUAAAUAAGCUGAACUGGAAGAUCAAGUGUUCCCUCCUCACCCAGAGCUCCGCAGAGCUCACCCAGGCUGAACCUUUGCGACUGUGGAUUUUAAAGAGAUGGUACAUUUUACUCAGAUGUAGUCUACAUACGGUUGGAUUGUAUGUAUUUAUUGUUUGGUGGGCAUGAAGCCACGCGUCAUUAUUUACUGAGGGUUUGCAGGAGCUGGGUUGUAAAGGGACAAUUCCCCCCCUUCCACCACCACCACGGGCAUAGUUAGAGUAAUAAUUUCCUGUUUUAAAAACCCCUCAGUAUCGAUGUGUUUAGUUUUUACACAGAGGAAUCAGCAUAGAGACGAGAACAUCCGCACCACGGUCAAUGCUUUUUAUUGAGCCGUUUGAUUUUUUCAGUUUUACAGACGAUCCUGCUCUUAAGAAUUCACAGAGCUCCAACUCAUAAGAUAAAGAAACUGAAAAAUCGUACUAUUUAUACAAAGCACUUCAUAAUCUCUGAAGGCUCAGGAGACACAAUACACAGUGAUGGUUAGUUAUGACACUAGUGGUAAAGACAUUGCUGGCCAACUGAACAUCUGUGGACUGAGAUCGUGGUUUCUGUCCCAGGCGCUUUGUGAAGAGACGGAACUCUACAGUCAAAUCCUUUUCUGUAUUUUAUGUUUUUGUUGGUGUCCAUGUAGAUUUCAAUAAAGUUCAAGGGGAUAGAUCUAAAGCCAGGUUUGACAGGAAUUUUUUCUGGGAGAGCAGUGGUAAUUACACAAGUGGCUGUAAAUUGAGAGGAUUCACAUGAAGAGUUAAUAUUUAAUGCUGUCCUGUGUUUAAACGUACACUUGAUAACAGAAUAGUAAAGAAACACCAUAGGUUUGUGAAAUUUAGUCGUAAGUAAAAUAAAAUUCCGGAGGACGCCCUGCUAAAGCUAAGAUUGGUAAAACUGGAAAAGCAAGAGAAGGCCACACGUUGACAAUAUGCAGCCAAUACACCACAUGUGACCUGUAAACAACUGCAGUUCCAUUCUGUCAAAAAAUAUUAUCUUUUUUAAAUAAAAACAAUAUAUUCCAAAA